CGUUCCAGUUUCUGCUCCCCGAGGAGAGAAAUGUCAACUGUGAACAUUUGCGUGGCUACUUCGAGUACUUCGUUCCACGUAUCCAAAAACACGCAGCGAGGUUCUUCCCCGAAAAGUGUGAAUCUACCAUGGGUGUGACCGAGGUGUUAUCGGUGUUACUGGAAUUUCUCAUGUUGAUGGGACGAUGCUUGUGGAUCGCCGUACUCGAGCUGGUUCAUCGGCCUCCUCCGAAGUCUUUGGCGGGCAAAGUAGUUCUUGUCACGGGUUCGGGUCACGGAGUAGGACGAGAAUUGGCCCUGCGAUUUGCCAGACUGGGUGCGAAAGUUGUACUGGUCGACAUCAACACGGAGAACAACGAGUCCGUGGCGCUGGAAGUGAAGCAAGAGCAAGGCAGUGCAUUCGCCUACCAGUGCGACGUCUCAGACGAAGUUCAAGUGCAGAAGUUGGCCCAAAAGGUGACGUCACAAUUGGGAGCUGUUUCGGUGUUGGUGAACAACGCGGCUGUCGUCAACUGUCAACCCAUGAUGCAGCUGAACAGCACCCAAGUGAGACGCACCGUAGACGUCAACUUGCUCGCUCACUUCUGGCUGAUCCGAGAGUUCCUGCCAGGGAUGCUGGCCCAAAAGGAAGGCCACAUCGUCGCACUGUCCUCCAUUGCGGGAUUUAUCGGCACAGGGUACUUGACCGACUACUGUGCAUCCAAGUUCGCAGUGCGUGGCCUGAUGUACGCGCUUGAAGAGGAGCUCUACCAGAUGGACCAGUUGGACAACAUCAAGUUGACAAUCGUCUGUCCCAUGGCUAUUAACACGGGAAUGUUCAAGCAGCCAAAGUCUAGAUUUCCUUUUCUGGCUCCGAUCCUGGAGACGAAGGAAGUGGCCGAACGGACUCUGGAGGCGGUGCUUCGCGAAGACAAAGAAGUUGUCAUCCCGCAUCAUCUCAUGGUCAUGCAAAAGUUCAUGUUCUUGUUCCCAGCCAAGGCCAUGAAACUGAUGCAGAGGUUCAUGGGUUGCACCGUGGAACCUCAUUGACUCCUGCCAAAGCUGUACCGCAGGGUGUGCCUUAUAUGCCCACAGGGUGCAUUACUAAGCUAACAACUGAACUCACCCGCACGCUCAGUUCAACCUCCGCAUUGUCUUCGUGCCAUGGAACACAGAAAACCAUGAAGGACGGUCAGUCAGCCCUCAGGGUCUUGCGGAGUUCAGAGUGCCACUGAAGAACCAAGUCAUUUCAGUAAAGAACCAAAGGGGCAGCUGAGCUGCUUUCACAAGGUCUAUGCCAUCAUACAUCCAUUUUGUGUGAACGAAAGGACACGUAUACGUCACAAGAAUGAACGAUAUAUUAAAACUGUUUAACUGCC